CACACGCGCACACACACACUACUCAUAGAUGUUUGGACUCGAUUUAAUGAAAGAAAACCUCUCAAGAGCUUGUGAGGAGCCUCUGUCUGUGAGAAGAUCAGAUACAUUCAGUUUAGAAGGUUCUGAUGGUGGUUCUGUCACAGGAGUAUCCAGGUAUCCAGUCCAGAGACGCGUUUGUUGGGGACGCCGAUCUCAGCGCAGUAUGUUCGUGUUCUGCCGCUAGAGUGGAACGGUCAAGCAGGGCUGCGACUGGACAUUUUGGGCUGCUUACCGGACUACGCUGUGACUUGCAGUACAAAACCCAACCUGGACCACUCCGUAGACAGAAUGACGUAAUUAUCGAGUCUUGAAUAUCUGAAACCCUGGUUAACUUAAUGUACUGUCAGUGGCAGUGGUUCAUGAUCCACAGCAGCACAUCUUGUGUCUCCAUUAUUUAACACAUUGAUUCAAAUAAUCAGAGCGAUAAACCUGGACAUACAGAAGCUGCUGUGGAUUAACAACUACUGGUCUAAAUGUUCUGACUGGAAACCUGCAGUUGUGUCAUAUAUAUGUUACUCAUGUUAUGGAAACUAAUUUUUUGGGUUUAUUUCAUUUUGCUUUGGGUUCCUGUUUGUUUCAGGGUUCACUGUCCUGCUGGUUGUGCCAGGGAGCCGUAUUCUGUGUACGGGACAGACAUGUAUCGUGGGGGUACGAGUAUAAUCGAUUAUAACCCGACCGCUUCAAACUAGUAUGAGUGUCAACCAUGCACCUGGAAUGACACGGCCUGCACCGCCGCCAAGCCCUACAUCUGCAAAAUCACUAAAGGUAAAGCUGACCGCUUCAUAUCAGUUACAAACGCCUGUCUCCAAUCUCUCUGCAGAAAAGCCUCCGUCGACGCCGGCUCCUGGAGACAGGAAGUGUUUGCCGGGCUGGUGGCCAUACGGACGGUACUGUUACUUCACAUAUAACGGAAAAGUGGGUUACUCGUGGCCAGAGGCGAGACACAUCUGCCAAGAGGUGAACGGAGGCGAAUUAGCCUCGAUUCACAGUCGAGCCGAGGUGGAGUUCGUCAGGAACAUCAACUACACCAAGUACCGCUACAUCUGGAUCGGCCUCACCAGAGAUGAAUGGGCCUGGACGGAUCUGACAUCUCUGGGCUUCACAAACUGGGCUCCUGGAGAACCCAACGAAGCAUUUCACAAUGGCGACGUGGGGAAAGAGAAUUGCGAGGAGAUGUAUCACGACGGCACGUGGAACGACAACAACUGUAUGCAGAAGAGAGGCUUCGUGUGUCGACACCGGCAGUAUUAUGUGACUGAUGAUAAUGGGAUCGUCAUCCCGACUGACCUGUCACCGAUGGACGGCGGUCUGAUCGCGGGGGCCGUUAUCGGAGCGAUCGCCUGCGCAGCGCUGAUCCUGGCCGGGAUGUACUAUGUCUUUAGGGUGAAGGGCGUAAAACCUAGAGAUAACAGCUUCUUCAAACACGAAACCAAGAAUAUUGAUGUGGUAAGGUUUGUGAUCGAUGACUUGACGUCUCAAUUUACCCUGUGUUUAACCUGAAUGAGAGAAAGUUGCUUAACGAGUGUUCAA